AUGUUUAAACGAUCAUUCCAUAUCACAGCUGCUAAAAGAUACAUAUUAAAGAAACCUCAAUUCGAUGUUAAACAAAUAAUUUCAAAUAUACCGGAUUAUGAAAAAUCCAUCUUGCAUAGAGAAAUGGUUAAUAGUAAAAAUAUUAUCAAUGAUUUGAAAACAUUACCAAAAAAUUACCAAUCUUAUCAAAGUUUAAAUAAAGAUCUGAUUUCAAUUCAACAAAAGAGACAUGUUCUAGAAUCUACACUUCAGCUAGCUAAAAACAGCUCAAGUAUAACUAAUGCUAAUGGCGAGAUAGAAGACAUUGAUACUGAGAAAAUUAAAGAACAAUUGUUAAACUUAAAGACAGAAUAUCAAAAUAUUUCAUCAACAUUGAAAGACUUAGAAACAACCAUUAAUGAAAUUUGUAAUAAUUUACCAAACUUAAUUGAUCCAUCUGCUCCGAAGAAUGAAGCUGUUAUUGUAAAAUGGUUGAAUCCAAAGGAAUCAUAUUCUUUAGAUAGAGAAAGAGAUCAUGUCAAAAUCAUGAAAGCUAAAAAAAUGAUCAAUUUUCAAUCUGCUGUUGAUAUUACAGGCUCGUCAUGGUAUUUCUUGACAAACGAAGGUGCCGAUUUAGAAAGAGCGUUGAUUUCUUAUGCGAUUGACAAAGCUAAAAGACGUGAAUUUGGUUUAGUUAUACCGCCUGCAGUUGUUAAAAAUGAAAUCAUUAAUGCAUGUGGGUUUAGACCAAGGGAUAUGGGAAAUGAAAAACAAAUUUAUCAUAUUAAAGACACAGAUUUUGGUUUAAUUGCCACUGCUGAAAUUCCAUUGGCAGGCAUGUAUGUCAAUUCUAUCUUAGAUCUAUCUAAAGGCCCAUUAAGACAUGUUGGAAUAAGCAGAAGUUAUAGAUCUGAAGCAGGUGCAAGAGGUAAAGACACUAAAGGUUUAUACAGAGUCCAUGAAUUUAGUAAAGUUGAGCUAUUUACUUGGUCCAAGCCAAGUGACAGUACUGAACAAUUACAAUAUUUGAAGAACGUUCAAUGUGAUAUUAUUGGCUCUUUAGGUAUAUCAGCUAAAAUGUUAAAUAUGCCAACCAACGAUUUAGGUGCAUCGGCCUAUCUAAAAUGUGAUAUCGAGGCAUGGAUGCCAGGUAGAGGUUCCUUCGGAGAAUUAUCUAGUGUAUCUAACUGUCGAGAUUAUCAAAGUAGAAGACUACACAUUAAGUAUAAGAAUGAAUCUACAGGGAAAUUUGAACAUGUCCAUACCUUAAAUGGUACUGCAAUGGCUGUACCAAGAGUAAUGAUGACAUUAGUCGAAAAUUAUUAUAACAAAACAACAGGCAGAAUUGAUAUCCCAACUUGUUUAAGACCUUAUAUGAAUAAUAGAAGUUAUAUUUAA